AUGAGAAGUCUCUUAAUUUUUUUACCUAAUAAGCUUUACAAAGAAAAGCCAGGGUACAUGUUUGGUAAAGUGGUAUAUGAUGAUCAUACAGGAGUCAAAAAAUUUUAUGUCAUUGGUAUAUGUAAAAUAGACAAUUUAGAAACAAUAAAAUAUGCUGAUAUAAUUGGAUAUUAUUCUGGCAAAGAACAGAAACGAGGAUAUAUAGAUAAAAAAUAUUUAGACUGGAUUAAUAUAUGUUUACAUCCUACAUUUUCCUCCAAAGUAGAUAUUUAUGAUUACAGUAUAAAAGGCAUUAUUGUAAACAAUAAAAAAAUUUCUACUUUGCAUUUUCAUACAGUCAUUAUAGUGUAUGAUCAGUCAGCGCUUAAAGAAACAGAAUUAUUUGUACAAAAGGCAGUGUCUGGAGAUCACUUUUACGAAUUAAUGAAAAUUGUACAAAACAAACAAAUUGAAAAAGAAAUACAAAAAAAAGGAAAAUGUACUUAUAUAAAAGAAACUUUACUUGUGUAUCAUAUGUUCUUAUAUUUUUAUCCAGUUUUUUUCCUUGCUAAAAUAACUAAUAAAUUAUUACCAAUUUUAAAAUACUCUUUUCUUGGCUUACAUGUUAAUGGAUGGUUGGAGAAUGUUAAAUGGAUGUUAAUUGCUAUAAUAAAAAACAAAAAGUUUACUUUGAAGACUGGUAACUAUGUUUUUGCAUUGAUAAUAGAUAUGUUACUAGGAAUUUCUAUAUUACAAUUAUUAUUACAUUACUUUGAAUAUACAUCUUCAUCUCAAAUACUGUUAAACAAUGCAGAGAAAGUGGUAACAUUUUUAAAAGAUUUAAUUAAUUGGUUAAUGGGUAUACCAGCUGGUUUAAAAUUAAAUCAUGCUUUAAACAAUAUGCUUGGAAAAUUUUUUUUAUAUCAUAUAAAUAUGUGGUGGACAUUCUUAAUAUUUAUGAAACCUGUAAUGGAUUUUACAUUUGAAGUAUUGGUAUUGUUUGGAAAGCUUGGUAUUACAUUUCAAAUAGCAAUAGCAGCUGAUCUUUUAGCACUUGUCAGUUUCCAUGCUUAUUGUAUUUAUGUAUAUGCAGCAAGGCUUUUCAAUAUCCAAUUAAAGGGUAUUACUGCUUUAUUUAGACUAUUUUUGGGUAAAAAAAAGAAUCCAUUGAGAGAAAGAAUUGAUUCUUGUCAAUAUAAAGCUGAUCAGUUAUUUGUAGGAACUCUACUAUUUACUAUUUUACUCUUCCUUAUGCCAACAACUUGGGUUUAUUAUGUAGUUUUUACCAUGCUUAGAUUAGCAUUAAUUAGUUUUGGAGGUUUAUUGACAAGAAUGAAGUUUUAUUUUCAAACUAUGCCUGUGUAUGCAUUUUUUAAGUGGUUAUUCCACUCCCAUAGUACAUGCAGUAUUGUUAAUAUUAAGGUAUAUUCGCAUAAAACAGAAGGACCAAUAGUCUUAAUAAUGACAAUGGUUGUAGCAUCAUGGCAUUAUACAUGGAAUAAAUGCAUACCAGACACAAUUAUUCAUCAUCCACCUAUAGAAUGGAGUAAAAUAAUAAAUAACAUAGUAUGGGGAGAAUUGUUAUAUCCAUUAUAA